GGGGCGGGUGCGCCCUCCGCGCCUUCCUCCGGCUGCGCAGCGGCGGCGGCUCCGCUCGGUUCCUGCUCGGGCCGGGGCAGCCUUCGCGGCGCGGCCGCCGAGGGGACGCUGCGCGACGUGUCCGCGUCCCACAGCCCCGGUGGCUGUUUUAAUGCAAUAGUGUCAUUAGCUGGCUGAACACUAAACAUGAGAAUAGCAGGUGCUGCAAAGUUGGUAGUAGUCAUAGCAAUAUUUUUAUUGACGUUUUAUGUCAUAUCUCAAGUGUUUGAAAUAAAAAUGGAUGCAAACUUAGGACACAUAUUUGCUAGAUCAGCAUUGGAUGCAGCUGCACGCUCUACAAAACCUCCAAGAUACAAGUGUGGAAUCUCUAAAGCUUGUCCUGAAAAGCAUUUUGCAUUCAAAAUGUCAAGUGGAGCAGCGAAUGUAGUUGGACCUAAAAUUUGUGUAGAGGAUAAUGUUUUAAUGAGUGGAGUAAAAAAUAAUGUUGGCAGAGGAAUAAAUAUGGCCUUGGUCAAUGGUAAAACAGGAGAAUUACUGGAUACUAAGUUCUUUGACAUGUGGGGAGGAGAUGUGGCACCACUUAUUGAAUUUCUGAAGACCAUCCAGGAUGGAACGAUUGUGUUAAUGGCAACAUAUGAUGAUGGUGCAACCAAGCUUAAUGAGGAAGCACGGAAACUGAUCGCAGAAUUGGGAAGCACAUCCAUUACUAACCUUGGCUUCAGAGACAACUGGGUCUUCUGUGGUGGUAAAGGAAUUAAGACUAAAAGUCCAUUUGAACAGCAUAUAAAGAAUAACAAGGACACAAACAAGUACGAAGGCUGGCCAGAAGUUGUUGAGAUGGAAGGCUGUAUCCCUCAGAAGCAAGAGUAAAUGAAAACAGAAGAAAAGGAAAAACAAUAUGGAAGAAAAUGCACUUUCUGCUAUUAUUAGAGAGAGAGGGCUAUGAAGGAGACUGUACUGUAAAAUUUUUUUUUAAAGCAUGCAGCCAUCUUGUCAGUGUGUGCAUGAGCACUGACAUUUUGAAUAUUGGGAUUAUUUAUUGCUAACACACAUAGAAAUUCUUUUUGUAAAUAAGUCCAAAAUAAAAGAAACAUCCAAUCAUUUCUAUGCAGGUUUCUUAAAAGCACAGUAUUUAGUUUGCCUGUGGUAAAUAAUACUUGUAGAUAACUGGCUAAUAAAUUAUGUAUGUGGACAAUAAAGAGAUUGUGACAAAUGUACUGUCCUCUUAACAGUGCAAUGUUGCUGUGACUAUGUAAACUUGGUGGAAUAUUGUAGAUUUUAGUAACACGUUAAUAAGGAGCUUUAAUUUUUUUUUUUUAUCCUCUGCCUUUUUAAUGGCAGCAUCAAUUUUUAUUAAAUCUAUUUGGUUAUUCUAA